AUGCUCUUUAGUAUUGAAAGCACUAUUGAAAAGCAUAAAAAGAUUAUCAAAGAAAUAGUUGAUAAUUUAGCAAAUAUAAAGGACUCCAUUUCCAAGAUGAUAAAAGAGUAUGAAAAUUGCAUAAAAGACCUAGAAGGAAUAAAGAUAAUAAAUGAGAACAGAAGGGGUUUAAAAGGGCCUGAAAACGUAAGCAAGCCAAUAAAAAAAGCUUAG